ACAAUGCGUUUCUUGUUUUCUUUGGGCAGCUGCAAAUUUUCAUUUCAAAGGGGAAAGAUGAUUUCAGAUGUCAAGAGUGUUUUCAAUUUAACUCAAAUCUCAAGGGCACAAUUUGACACUAACCAAAUUGCUGAUUUGGCAACACUGACGGUGCAUUUGUACACCAGAUCCUCUCUCUUUAUAGCCGCAUUGUCAGUGUAAAUAAGUCGAUGCGGAUUAUGGAACUCCCAAAACAAAAAUGUCCUUUCUCGGCAGGAAUUGUUGCUGACCCCCGCGCAGUUCUGAGCAGGGCAAUUGUGCCGAGCGGGCGGCGGAGCAGAUCGGAGUCCUCGCAAGGUGGUUUAUCGGACUGGCGCCGCCUCCCCCUGGGGCCGGCGUGCGCUCCCAGCAGCCCGUGGUGUCCUGCGCCCCGCCCUCGCCGUCACUGCCCGCCAGAGUCCAUGUGCCGGGAGGAGGUGCGGUUCGUCCGCCAGGAGCCAUGUGCCUCCCGCACACCAACAGCAUGGACAGCAAGCUGCAGUGGGCGGGGCCGGGGGGCGGCACACCACUUCGAUCGCGAGGAGGAGGCGUUCCACUGGAGCCAUUUAUGCACCAGGUGGGCGGUCACACCAGCAUGAUGCGCUACGAUGACCACACGGUGUGCAAGCCACUGAUCAGCAGGGAGCAGCGCUUCUAUGAAUCUCUGCCUCCCGAGAUGAAGGAGUUCACCCCUGAGUACAAAGGUGGCCACUGAUUCAGGCGCUUUUUGGG